CCGGGCCGGGCCCCGCCGCUUCGGGCGUGACGCAGGCGGUCGUGCGCGCGCGGCCCGUCUCGAGCGCGGCCGUUGGUGGCGGUUAAUGGUCAAGUGGAGCGGCCGCCGCGCCGCGGCCUGAGAGGCUGAGCGGGGAGAAAGCUCCUGGGACACCUUUCUCCGUGAAUAGUUUUGUGUACGACUGGUCUUGAAGAGCAUGUGAGACGAGUCGCUUCUGGAAACACUUCUGUGGGUUUUGUUGCCCAAAUAUCAGUGGUGCAGUCUUAGUAAUUCGGUAGAACUCCCUCACGGCGCUGUUCGCCCUCGGGAAGACACAAACUGGAAGCAGAGAUACUGCAGAUGAAUGAGAACUUCUUUCUACGAAACUGAGGUGAAGAGCUUCACCAUGGGUCAACAAAUGUCAAGCCACACACAAACUGUAAUUAACAAGUUGCCAGAAAAAGUAGCAAAGCAUGCCUCUUUGGUUCAAGAAAGUGGUUUCCUAACGUAUGAAGAGUUUCUGGGAAGAGUAGCUGAACUUAAUGAUGUUACUGAAAAAUUGGCUUCUGGACAAGACAAACAUCUCUUAUUUGAAGUGCAGCCUGGUUCCGAUUCUUCUGCUUUCUGGAAGGUGGUCGUUCGGAUAAUAUGUACUAAAAUAAAUAAAACAAGUGGCAUCGUGGAAGCUUCCAGAAUCUUGAACUUGUAUCAAUUCAUUCAACUCUAUAAAGACAUCACCAGUCAAGCAGCAGGAGCUCUUGCACAGAGUGGUACUUCUGAAGAAGCCGCUGAGAGUUUGAUGUCUGUGUCAUCUUGUCAGGCCAGCUUGUGGAUGGGAAGGGUUAAACAGUUGACAGAUGAAGAGGAGUGUUGCAUCUGCAUGGAUGGGCGUGCUGAUUUAAUCUUGCCGUGUGCUCACAGUUUCUGCCAGAAAUGCAUUGAUAAAUGGAGCGAUCGCCACGGAAGCUGUCCUGUCUGCCGUCGGCAAGUGGCUGGGGCAAGCGAUUCUUGGGUGGUCUCAGAUGCUCCUACAGAAGAUGAUGUUGCUACUUAUAUACUUAACAUGGUAGAUGAGGUGGGCCAGCCUCUCAGACCCUGACACUGGCCAGCACGCUGGUAGCAGCAGAACCACUUGAAGCUUUUGUUUUCACAAACAUCUGUUUUUCCUCUCGCUGCUACUCUUCCACAGUCUGUUUGUCACUGCUCUUGGCUGCGGUGAAUCUACGCAGCUCCUUAAAAAUACAGCGUAUAUGGGCCAGUGUGUGUGCCUGCAGUCUUCAGUUAUUAAUCCGUGCUUUCGGUUAACUCUGAUCAUUAACAAAGUUUAUUUUAACAACUUUCCAUAUUAAUUAUGACUACUAGAUGAAGCAAUUUAUAACAGCACAACUACAGCUGCUAACUGCUGUUGGAAUGUCACAGUGUACUGCUACAGAAGAUGAACCGUGUCAUGUGGCUUGACCUCCCAGUUCUCAUCCUUAAAAAGCAGUCCCUUUUAGUUUCAUGACAAAUGUGAAUAAAAAUGAUGGGUUAGCACUAGUUAUUAAUUUGAAAUUUUACUGCUGAAACCUGAAGAUGUCCCUCUGCCUAUUCUUCAGUACCUACCUACUGCUGCUUUUAGUAUUGACGGAUACUGAUUUCAAUCAGAUCUGUUAGGAGUUUUAGUGUAAAGUAUUUAAAAACAGUUUUGGAGAGUGUAGGCAGCUCUUCUGCCCUUCCCUUUAUUCUUCUGACAAGUUUGUCUCUUAGGAUAUUUUUUAAGAUAUGGUAUUUAGGAUAGUCUUAUUAGCUUGGAAACAUUACACAGUUUCAAACAAUCCUAAAAAAGUAUGUAUCAGUUUCUUUAUAGUUUUUUGAUCAAGAAGAGACAAAAUUAUCUGUAAUCAUGAGGCAUAUCAAAAGAGAAUAACUUUAUUUGGCUUAGCAGGUGUGUAGUUUAGUCUGAUGCUGUGGUUUUAUCUGCUCUCAUUUCUUGAAGUGAUGAAAUCAGAGUUAGAAGGUAGUAUACUUAGUAUGCUAAGAGUUAUAAGGUGAUAAUCUAAGUUAAAGGGUGCUGUGCUUUCUAUCUACAAGUGCAAUAUGCUUUUAUGUAGCAGAAACUUUAAUAAUGUUGCUUGUGGCGAGCUGUGCAUAUGAUAGCUUGGGAAAAGGAAUAUCACAAAUGGAGUGCAACAGUGUAUUUCUGUGUCUAGCAGAGUAAAAUCUUAAAGGUCUGAGUUUAGACAGUCUAAAAUAGUAUUCAAGAAACCCAGAACUUAAGAACUUAAACCCCUUUUGCAUAAAUAGUGUUAUGGAAAUCAACUAUUGUUGUAGAGAAUUUCAUUAAUGGUUCUAACUUGAGGCUAUUGAGUGAGAAAUAUUCAAGUGUAGCAUUUGAGAGACUAUCAGUAUAAAUCUUGCUUACUCUAACACUAUAUUUUUUAUUACCUUACUUGUUAAAAUUCAGUGAUCCCAUAAGGCUAAAUAAGGCCUUUUUUCACAGACAGGUUCUAACUAAAAGCCAUGUGCACAUGUAGCUAUGCACACAGUUAUGUGCAUUUGGGGUUUUUUUCUUAAUUGACUACAAAAUAAUUAUGUUGAGGAAGAGAUCUUGAGAAUUUCUCUAUUAUACUUCUGUAUGUUAAGGAAGUUGCAUAGCAUAUGGCACUUUUUGGAGUUUGGCUUAUGUCACAGUCAAAUUUAUCAUAGGCCUGAAGACAGAUAAGCAACAUAGUCUUCGUGUGUGUAUUGUCUAAAAGCCAGUAUGGCUUAGUGUGUAAAUCUGUAUUUAGCUAUUGAAAAAUCCAUUUAUGGAUGUAUAUAGCUUAGAAACAAUAUUUUCCCUUUGUUAAUCCUUUGAUAUCCAAUGAGAUAUUCUUCAGAAAGUGUGUGAACUGUUUGGUUGCAUAAAGGCAAUUAUUAUUUGGGUUGAAAAUCGCUAAUGGUCCAGGAUUUUCCACUAAAAUAUUUGCAAAUAAUCAUACAUGUUUGGUUUCUUUAGGCUUUUUGAUCUUGCAUUAGUCCAUGUUCAGAAUUUUAAAGUAAUCUUUGAAUUUUUUAAACUUUUUCUAUCACUGGAACAAAAAGAGCAUCUAAAUUAAAGCUUCAAGCUGACCUUAUUUUUCAGGUAUUUCAGGAAUUUUACUUCUGAACUGAGAUUUUCUAAGUUUUCUUUCUGCUGAGAACUUACAUGGACUUCUUAAAGUGUAAUUUUGUAAUGAUGCAAACAGGUUGUUAAUUGCAGCGUAAUGACACUUGCAAUUACAAUAUAAACUAAUGCAGAAAUCAUUUAAAUAGUGAAAGACUAAACUUUGUAUUCUGUACAGCUUUUUAAAAUUAAGUUGCUGUAGUGUAGGUAAUGUGUGCCUUGUAAAAUAUACGUACUGUAUGUUAAAUGGGAUAAUAGAUACGUUAACACUGAAAAACUAGGAAUUUGGAACUGGUUGGUAUUACCUAGUCUGAAGCACUACAUUUAACUAUUUUGAAAACAGAAAAGGAAUCACAUUGGCAGGGACCUUGAAAAUGUGAAUCACCGUGAGUAGUUGUUCGUGGAGGGCAUUAGAAGAAAUUAAACUUCUUGCGUUAAGUGAAGAUUUCUUACAGGUUUAAUGUGAAAUUGUAAUUUAAACAUUAUAGAUUGUAUUAAUAGCUAAGGACAUUCCAGUAUGUUAAACUUUGUGUAUGACUUGUGCAAUAAAGUUACUUUGGAAGAAA